CCAGGCAAAAGAACCGAGUCGUUAUUACAGUUCUGCCGGCUGUUUAUUCCCCUCUGCUGCGGGGGCUCACAGCACUGACCACCAACAGUCUAAGUACCUCUCCGGCAGACACUGUUUAUAGCUCCAUAUGUGUGGGCUGCCCGGGAGCCUGGAGAGGAAGACUCGAGAAAGGGAGCGUGAGAUAAGAUCGGAGCUCACUUUACUGACCAAUACCUAUUUUUUCUUGAAGGUUACCAUGACACAUUUCCUUGUUCACAAAGCCAGAUCUUUAUAACCACUGGGCAAGUAGUCUUAAGGCCAUCCCAGAAAUGAGCAAAAUCUCUCUCCGAGAGCACCAACUGACCCCGCCGGGUGUGACUGCACAAACAUUGCAGUUCCCUGUGGACCGGGGAAAAAACGAAAAGAAAACUGAUAUUCUUUGUUUGCUCUUCGUCCCUUUUUCUGAGGCAGUCCCAGAUCUGUAACCUCUCCCACUGACUGGUGAGCAGCCCCUGAAGAGGGAGAAAUAUAUCUUCCACCCUCAACUUCCCUAGUCAAGCCUCAUCAGGAAAAAAAAAAAAAAUGAUGGAACGUUUUCUUGACGCCAUUAUUCCAAAGUUCUGGAAAUGCAAACAAGAAAACAACUACCUUCCAUCUGCGACCCCUGAGGAUCCGGCAGACUCCCAAAGCGUGAGAGAACCGAGCCUGAAGGAGAGCUCUGAAGAUGAGGCUCUGGAGAAGUUCUUGGCGAAUCCUGCCUCAGAGAGGAAAGAGGCCCUCGAGCUCCACGAGGCCCUGUACGGCCUGUACAGGGACAAGCUGUCUGACGCUGACCCCGACCUGCAAGAUGACGGCCUCUCGCUGGAGGACAUCAUCGUUUUUCUGAAAGAGUUUCCCGAGAGGAGGAUGCAGCUAGAGGAGCGCAUCCAAGGCCUGCACGCCGUGGCGGACCAAGUCGAGAAGACCCACAAGAAAUGCGCCAUCACCAACGUGGUGGCCGGCUCCACCAGCGUCGUCUCGGGCGUGAUGACCAUCCUGGGGCUGGCGCUAGCGCCCGUGACGGUGGGAGGAAGCCUGAUCCUCUCGGCUUCUGGGAUCGGCUUGGGGGCCCUGGCCACCGUCACCAGCCUGUCCUCAACUGUCAUCGAACGCGCCAGCAAUCUGGCGGCGAGAGAGCGAGUGAGCAACCAGGAGGGGGCCAAGGCUCGGGCGGCCCUGGCGGUCUUGUGCAAGGAGGCGCCCCACCUGGUUUCUGCUGCGCAGAAGUGUGUUACUGUGGGCAACCAAGUCAUGGAGGAAAUCAACAGGAACAUCCGGGCCUUCCGCUUGGCCAAAGCCAACCCUCGCUUAACUGCCAACGCCAAGAAGUUCACGGCGGCCGAGUACCUCUCCAGCUGGAGGUCCCAAAAGGUGGAGAAGGCCUUCAGCGGCACAGCUCUGGCCAUGACCAAAGGCUCCAGGGUGAUGAGUGCCAUGACGGCGGGGGCCUUGGUUCUGGUGGACAUGAUCACCUUCAUGCACGAUCUGAACCAUUUGUUGAAGGGGGCAGAGGCCGAAAUGGCAGGAGAACUCAGGGAGCAGGCUCAGGAGCUGGAAAAUAAACUUAAGGAGCUUUCCCAGGCCUAUAAUAAUCUGCUAGAUAUCAUCACUUCACACAGUCAAGGAGAAGGGGAGGCUGGGGACGAUGCAGCAGGAUCAGCUCAAUAGGGACACAAAAGUACCUUCUUUCCUCUCUCUCUCUCUCUCUCUCUCUGUUUCUGUCUCAGUCUCUGUCUGUCUGUCUGUCUCUCUUUCUCUGUCUGUCUGUCUGUCUCUCUCUCUUUCUCUGUCUGUCUCUCUCCCUGUCUCUCUGUCUGUCUAUCUGUUUCUGUCUCAGUCUCUGUCUUGCUCUGUCUCUCUUUCUCUGUCUAUUUCUGUCUCUCUGUCUCUCUGUCUCUGUCUCUUGCUCUCUCUCAUUCUCUGUAUCUUUCU